CUUUCCACCAUCCCUGCAAAAGCUGCAUCCCUUUCCCCUCAAUUCCUCAGUGAUACGCCAUCAGUCGGCGCCGACAUCGGCUGGACCUCCUCCGUUUAGUGCAUGCAUGCGCAUGGCAGCUACGUAAGAGCAGAGCCGCGGAUCCCCAUGUCGCAGCGAGUGUUUUCGUCGUGUGUCGAUGACGACAGUCCGAGGUCACUUGGCACCGCCUGCUUGUCAUGUGCCCAUUGCACAUGUCCCCCGCCCCCGAGAGCGGAAUGGCUUGGGCUGCAAGGGCUAUGGGGGGGCCUGGACAAGGGCAUAACGUCAUUCCUUAUCCAACGCAAUCCACUCUUAUACCCCCGCUAAUGCUCCCAAUCGACCCACUUCAAUUGGUCCACUUUAGCAGCUCGCUCCUUGCUCUCGCGUGGCGACCUUCCACUCUCCGAUCUCCUCCCUCCACCAGACUUCGGCGCUUCGGCGUCGGCCUCGCAUCUUCUCCCACAAGGCCACCAACAUGUCCGGCGCCGGCAAAAUCCUCUGGGGAAAAUGGCUCGCAGUGACGUCCGUCAUCAUGGGCGUCGGCUACACGCUAUUGAAAGUGGCGACGCCGACCGAAGAGGAGUUCUACAACUCCCUCUCACCCGACCUCAAGCGCAAGGUUGACGAGGUGCGCGCCCAGCGCGCCGCAAUCGAGAACAGCAAGCUUGUGCAGGCAAAGCUCGAGGCUGCAAGCGACGAAGGCAAGGUUGUUUGGGGGAGUGACCUCAAGAAGCCCAGCAAAUAGACUCGCAUCACAGGACGCAUCUACAGAUCCACAAUUCCGUGUAUGUAUUCUACUCGGCUGCCGGCGGCAGAGUGGUUUGGACAGAAGCGUGGAGAGCGGUGAGGCCGGAUUCCUUAUUUCUGAUCGCCGAGGCUGCGCCAUGCGCCUUGCGCCUUGCGCGGCCAGACUGACUUGCCGACAGCCGAUCACCAGCGUUAUUACUUCAUCUGUUCUCAUGCCACUCCGAUGGUGACUGUUCUCACGCAGUCCGCAGCUCAUGCCCUCGGUCACUCUCGGUCACCGAGACGGCGGACGCGGAGGUCCGCGCAGCAGUAACAUCGUAGUGGACGCUGUGCUGCGCGCAUCGCUCGAGUUGCUGUCCGCCUGAGACAUAGGGCGCUAAGGCGCACUCUCUCCGCUCGGCAUCGCCCCAUCACAUCACUAAAUGCA